UUCAAUGUCCACAGAGGACGCAUCGCGUUCGAGGACCACGUAAAACUGGGCCGUGACACUUGACAGCUCUCCGGCUUCUCUCUGCCGCUGUUAAGUCGCGAUCGGUGGGCGGGGAAUCGAUAGGAUCUUAUGUCUGCUAAAAUUUUGUAGAACAUUUCAUCGAGUGCUAGGUCGAGUCUCAAGAUGAUACGGUUUAUCCUCAUACAAAACAGGGCCGGUAAAACUAGGUUAGCCAAGUGGUACAUGAACUUUGACGACGACGAGAAGCAGAAGCUGAUAGAGGAGGUUCACGCGGUGGUCACCGUCAGAGAUGCGAAGCACACGAACUUCGUCGAGUUUCGCAACUUCAAGAUUGUGUACAGGCGGUACGCGGGCUUGUAUUUCUGCAUCUGCGUGGACGUCAACGACAACAAUCUCUGUUACUUGGAGGCGAUACAUAAUUUCGUGGAGGUGUUGAACGAAUACUUCCACAAUGUAUGCGAGUUGGAUUUAGUCUUUAAUUUUUACAAGGUGUACACCGUCGUGGACGAGAUGUUCCUGGCCGGUGAGAUCAGAGAGACGAGCCAAACUAAGGUGCUAAAACAGCUCUUGAUGUUAAAUUCUUUGGAAUAGACGAGCUCGUUGAUUCCAGCUUUAUGUGUUAACAAAUGUAUGAUCUGAAUAUGUAAUGUAUGCCCGAGUAUGUGAAUGUACAUCCGUAUCGUGUAGACUAUGUCGCGUAAGACACGUACAUAAAUACUCUAUGUAAUGGCAUCAUUUAGACUUUGGAUGAUGCUCAGCAAUCAUUUGUUUCACGAAGGUGUGAUUUACGAUAAUUUCUGUAUUGAUUUUUGCGUUACUUGUGAAACGGGAAGCAACGGCGCUCAAAACAUGACAAACCAUUGUAGACGCGAGAAAAGGUAGAGAGUAUGUCGCCUGUGGUUUAAAUAUAUAAUAAAUCCUGUAAAUACAUACUGAAAAA